AUGAGUUUCUUUCAAAUCUCUCCCUCAUUUGCUGAGGUUGUGCGUUCCCAACGAGUUCCAGAUCAUCGCUGUAUCAGUCUAUCUUCCGUCGCUGUUCACUGUUCCAGAUCGUCGUCCGCCGCUGUUCGCUGUUCCAGAUCGUCGUUCGCCGCUGUUCGUUGUUCCAAAUCAUCGUCUGCUGCUGUUCAUUGUUCCAGAUUAGUGUUCAUCACUAUUUUUGCGGCUGCUGUACACCGGAGGAAGCGACACCGUGAAGACCUCCGUUGUAGCCGUGUGUCAUUGCUGUACAGCCGAGGAAGCAACGCUGCAAAGACCUCCGCUACUGCCGUGAAGACUUCCGUUUUCUGCCGUGAAGACUACACUGUGAAGGUACCUACACAAUUACAAGGUUGGGAGUGUGGAUACUAUGUUAUGAAGUUUAUGAGAGAAGUAAUCACACAACAAGAGUUGAUCAUUCCUGAAAAUGUUUUGGUACUGCCCACGUUUUUUAGGAAUCUCCAAGCAAUAUGUCAUCUUCCACAGGAGGCUUAGCAUCAUUGGCGACACCAUUGAAGCCUAAGAGAGAAGCUUUAUAGGAAAAGCUGGGCUUUGUUGUGGAAUCAGAUUCAUUAUUGUGUUUUGCAAUACAACCCUUGGUGCCUUGCUUCCUGGCUAAGGCAGGAAAUUCCUCCGAAGAAACAGAGGCUUUUGACAUAACACUGUCAGCUUUGGCUUCAGUCUCAGAAGAGGAGCUACCUUU